AUGCCCCGUUCUUCUCGUACAGGUGAACUGAUAUUUAAUCUUGAGAUCGAGAAGGUUGAGCGAAAGCUACGAAAAGAAGCCAAGCAACAAAAAGCUGCUCAGGUUGCGAAGCUGGCAGAAUCUUUAAACCACCUCAAAAUCUCUAGCUCUAGCGACUCUGAAAGUGAUCAAGAGACUGUCAUGGCUGAGGAUACCCGCACUUUAAGGGAGUUGGCUGCUCCCGACUUGGCGCAGCAGCCCUUAUGCAUUAACUUUCCAACACUCAAUAACGCUGUUGCUUUUGAACUGAAAUCUGGAUUAAUUCAUUUAUUGCCUUCUUUUCAUGGACUUGCAGGUGAAGAACCUCAUAAACACUUGCAAGAGUUCGACGUGGUGUGCUCCAGCAUGAAACCACCAGGUGUUACUGACGAACAGAUCAAACUCAGAGCCUUCCCAUUCUCACUCAAAGGUGCUGCAAAGGAUUGGCUCUACUAUCUCCCACCUGGAAGCAUCGACACGUGGAACGACAUGAAGAAGAAAUUUUUGGAGAAGUACUUUCCAGCUUCCAGAGCUGCGAUCCUGAGGAAGGAGAUAUGUGGUAUCAAGCAACAAUCAGGUGAAACGAUCCAUGAAUAUUGGGAGCGAUUCAAUAAGCUUAUCAUUAAAUGUCCACAACAUCAAAUUCCCCAUCAAUUAUUGAUUCAAUACUUUUAUGAUGGUUUGUCGUUGAUGGACAGGAACAUUAUUGAUGCUGCAAGUGGUGGAGCUUUAGUAAAUAAGACGCCGGCACAAGCUUGGGAUCUUAUUGCGAGGAUGGCUGAAAACACGCAGCAAUUUGGUUCAAGAGAUGUUGGACAGAUGAGCGGAAACAACAGUGACCAUGCCAUCCAAUCGAUGCAGCAACAACUUUCUGAGUUGACGAGCUUCGUUCGCAAAAUGGUCGUGGAAAAAUCCAACCCGAGUGUCCAGGUCAAGGCGUGUGGAAUAUGCACGAGUACAGGACACCCUACAGAUGCAUGUCCGACCCUCCAAGAAGAAUGUGCAGCGGAUUUGAACGUUGCAAACUACGGUAUGAAUAGACCUCCAGCGUACAAUCCAUACUCCAACACCUACAAUCCAAGCUGGAGAGAUCAUCCAAACCUGCGCUAUGGAAAUGCACACCAGAAUCAUGGUCCUCAACCAUUUGGAGCCACACAUCAGAUGCAACAGCCUCGCCCUUACCAGAAACAGCUCCCCCAAGCACCCACAAGCAACUCCAGUCCGUCCUUGGAAGACUUGGUGAAGUCUAUAGCUACCAGUACCCUGCAAUUCCGGCAAGAGAUGAAGUCAACUGUCGACAAGCUACAAAGUCAGAUUAGCCAAGUUUCAGAAGAGGUAAAACAACUACGAGAAAGAGGAAAGUGGCCUGCGCAACUAGAGCAAAACCCGAAGAACAUCAGUGCCAUAACUCUUCGUAGCGGAAAGGAAUUGGAAGGUCCACCUCCUAUCUCAAAGGAACAAAAUGAGGAUCAGAUUGAGAUAGAGAUUGAAAAAGAAGCUGAACUUCACAAAAAGGUACUUCCUGACUCUGUUCCUCCUACUGAAACUAAAUCAGCUCCUUUUCCUGACAGGUUGAAGAAACCAAAAAAGACAAACAAACGAAAAAAGAUGAUGGAAAUAUUCAAGAAGGUAGAACUUAAUAUCCCGCUCCUGGAGGCUAUCAACCAAAUCCCCAAGUAUGCAAAGUUUUUGAAAGAACUGUGCACUAACAAAAGGAAAUUGCGAGGGGACGAGCAUAUUAUAGCGGGUGAAAACGUUUCUGCUGUUAUCAAAAGAAAGGUACCACCCAAAACAGGUGAUCCAGGUAUGUUUUCUAUCCCUUGUAGGAUUGGAAAAACUGAGAUAACUAAGGCUAUGCUAGAUUUAGGAGCUGCUAUUAAUGUCAUGCCACGAUCAAUAUACGACUCUUUAAAUCUAGGGCCUUUAAAAGAAACAGGAAUUAUUAUUCAACUUGCUGAUCGAACCUAUGCUUAUCCCGAUGGUAUGAUAGAAGAUGUACUAGUUCAAGUGAAUGAAUUGAUUUUUCCUAUUGAUUUUUAUAUUCUGGAUAUGCAUGAUGCGCACUGCUCUAAUCCACCGCCUCUUUUGUUAGGAAGACCUUUUAUGUGCACUGCAGGAACAAAGAUAGAUGUUAAAAAGGGCACACUCAGCUUGGAGUUUGAUGGAGAAGAAUUUCAUUUCAAUAUUUUUAAUCCCGUCAAAUGUCCUGUUGAAUCUAAAUCGUUAUAUGCAAUUAAUGUUAUUAAUUCUGUGGUGCAGGAAACUUUUGAAGUUGGUAAUGAGAAUAAACGAAGAACUGUGUUGACAAAACAAUUAGAGAAAAGACCAACUGGAGAGAGUAAGAAAAGAAAAAAGAUUGUCGAAAAGUGGAGAUGGAUUCCCAAGGGAUCACCAUUGCUGGCAGCGAAAAAAUGUCAUAAGGAGAAUCAAAAUUCUAAGCCGAAGAAAAAGUGUGUGGCCAAUAGACAUCGCUUCAAAUUAUACCACGAGGGACCCUCACUUGAUCCUAUAAAGUCGGCACCCGUUGCCGAUUUCGAUGUUCAGAAUUGA